AUGACCAAGUACUUCCAUCUCCUCGUGCUCGCACUUGUUCGUUCUGCUCGUGGCGCUUUUUCAGCGUUUGCAGAUGGACAUCAGGCCAACUUGACGACACCCGACCUGGAUACAGUAACUCAGUCGGAACCGACCGACAGAUGGUUGUACCCAAUCACUGAAGCCACCAAUGACGAACCCGUUGAUGAAGAAAGGGGUGGAUUCACAGAGCUCAUGGAAAAGAUAAGGAAUGGAGUGCUGGAGCUUGUGGAAAAGAUGAAGAACGGAUUCGCCAGUCUGAAGGAUAUUUUCAAAUUUAAGGCACCCAUCUAUGAGUUCAACCGCGAAAGUGGAGAGCUCGUCAAGAAAUUCGAGAAUUUGGUUGCCCGUCUGGCGUGGGAGAUCUCACAAAAAUUUGACAAGGCGGUAGAGGCGUACACUUUUCACAAGAAAGUGACGCUCGCUAAGGAAAUACUGGCAAAGGGAAGGUCGCAUGAUGACCUGCUCGAUGGUCAGAUUCCGCCAAAGGUGUUGUAUCACUUGUUUGAUUUGAAAGCGGUUCAAAGUCGCCCCGAUCACCCCACACAACGAGAAAUAGAUGAUUAUGACUUUCUCGCAGAAUACAGUAGCCUCUACAGAGCGAAAACCGGGAAGGCCGCUGACUGGGAACGAUGA